AUGUCGAGACGCUACGAUAGGUACGGCUGGCUACCAAACAUAUGAAGCUCUCCCAUCUCCUAACCCAGUGUCCAGCCGCACGACCAUCUUCUCGCCCGAAGGCCGCCUCUACCAGGUCGAAUAUGCGCUCGAAGCCAUCUCACACGCUGGUACCGCACUAGGCAUCCUCGCGACCGAUGGAAUCGUCCUCGCAGCCGAACGCAAGGUCACGAGCAAGUUGUUGGAGCAAGACACGAGUGCAGAGAAGCUUUAUGUCCUGAACGAGUGAGUGCAUCAUCUCUCUGGGAGAAUACCUGAAAGCUCAAGAGGCUGUAUACUAAUGGACAAUCUAGCAACAUGAUCACAGCUGUCGCCGGAAUGACAGCAGACGCCAACAUCCUCAUCAACUACGCCCGGACAGCCGCUCAGCGCUAUCUCCUCACAUACAACGCGGACAUCCCCUGCGAGCAGCUCGUACGGCGGCUGUGCGAUCUCAAGCAGGGCUACACACAGCACGGUGGUCUUCGGCCAUUCGGUGUCUCCUUCAUCUACGCAGGCUGGGACAACCAGCGACAGUUCCAGCUCUACCAAUCAAAUCCGAGUGGCAACUACACCGGCUGGAAGGCGACGAGCGUGGGCGCGAACAACGCGAGUGCUCAGUCAUUACUCAAGCAGGACUACAACGAGGAGUGCAAUCUCAAGCAGGCGUGCGAAUUGGCGGUCAAGGUGUUGUCGAAGACGAUGGAUAGCACGAAGCUAUCUAGCGAGAAGAUCGAGUUCGCAACGGUUGGUCGGACGGAGAAGGGCACCAUCUACCACCACUUGUGGGCAGCAGAUGAGAUCGAUACCCUCUUGAAGGAACACGGCUUGGCGAAGGUAGACGAUGAGGCGGAACAAGAGCACGGACUGAGUGAGGGAACAGUACGAACUGGACCGUGAGUGUCAAAAGCGAGCGGGAGAUGAUGCAUGUACAACAUGGUAGAGGUUUGGCUUUGGCGCUGGACCGUGCGCAAGCGAAGCCGCACGUGAAGAAGCCGCCACGAAUCGAAUGGGCAGAUUUGUAAGUGAACGCAACAAGAGUAAACGCAACCCAGUUUCAAGAGCACAAGUAUUCGACGAUGAGCUGUAGGCGAACAAGCACGCACCGCGAGUACACCUUGCACUCUCCCGCUUCUAUCUGAUGCAGCGCGAUUGCACCCGCUGAAUCACUGACCUCACAGGUGUCCGCUCGCCGAAAGCCCACUCGCCGAAGCACUAUUCCUGACGGUAUGGCCGGUUCUCCGAUGGGCGGUGCGCAGAGGCCUCGAAGACGCGCGACGUCAAAGGAUAGCACUCCGAGCGCCGCUGAGCAUCAGGCUGCCUCUCCUCAGACAGGCACGCCUUCGGUAGCCGCUACCAGAGCUCCUGACUGCUCCAUGAGGGAUGUCGACCUGAACUCGAAAUCUGCAACCAGUACGCCAGACAUCCAGUUUGUGGAGCCAGAAGAGCAUGGUUUCCCCAUCAUUGUCUUCCGAGUGACCAAACCGGCCACCUGCGCUGCGGUAAGUAUCCUCCCACACGUUUUCGAUCCGCGCUGACGCACGAGGCAGGCAUGCAAAUUCUGGCAUAUCCACUCAAUCAGUCCCAGUGGUGAUCCUGCUAUCCUGCGCAUAGAAGGACAAGAAUUGCACACAGUCGAUGACAGCACAGAGGGCCACAUGCUUCUUCUCGAACAUGCUGCAUACAUUGCAUUGGAUCUGGACAAAGCCUUUUCCAGUCGACUUCCAGUCCGCAUUCUCGCAAUCUUGACCCCGAACGACACCAACGUGCGCUGGUUCUACAGCACACUACAGUAUGACUCCCUCCUUCCGAAUCUGCAAGAGCGCGGCUACAUCAGCCCGCUGAUGACUAUCGAGCCGCGUGAUCCUCUCAUACCUGAGACUCUGCGUGGCAAAGACCACCACAAACGCGUCUUCACUUGGCUGCGGGAUGCUUUCCUCAAAGCUCUCCAACCGCCCGACUCUCCGGAUUACAUCAACGCGUGCAGUAUGACCGACUGGGCACCCGACAUCACCAUUUCAGAGUACACAGCUCUUCAACGCAUCUACUGCAACGAGUGGCUGUACCACAACCCGCCUCCAAAAGAGAAUGAAAAAGAUCUCUCUGAUGACAGAUACCUCCUCGAACUGCACCCAGCGGAACGUGCACUCGCAAGUCUCUGCGAAGCGACUUGCGCCGAGUAUCUUCUUAUCAAACGGAACUUCUUCAAAGACUUCUACGAAGAUGUGAUGAUAACCGAUAUCAAGAUCGAGCAUGGGGACAGCGUGAGGACGGACACUAAGCAUUGUCAAUGGAUGGAGAAAGUUUAUGGGUGGAAGCAGAGACGGGCGAAGAGGCUCGUGACGGGAUGGAAAGAGUUGGGCUUGUUGGAGGAGAAGAAGAUGCUGCCGUGGGUGAAAGCAGGAGGCAUGCUAGCGCUCUCCAUGGAGAAGUCCAACCAGGAGGACGAGGUGGACGGCCAUGACGGGGUGGAGCAGAACGGCGCAGCGAAGACUGUGCCUGGUACACAGGGAGCAGAGAGCGAGAUGCAGGUGGAACCGAGUGAGAUGCGGACGCCGUCUAGUCGCUGA